GGAGGAAGAGGAGAAAGGCGCAGGGGUGGGAGCUAUUGCUGAAGCUGCCACCACCAAAGUUUCUCCCCCCUCCCCCCCUUCCCCUCCUCUUACGGCCCAUAGAAUGGCCGGAACCGCUGCCGCCCCCAGUUGGUGACCGCGCUGUUCGCCGCCCGCGGAAAAAAGGAGAAAAGAGCAGACUGGAAAUUCAGCCUAAAGACUUGAUGUAAUGAGAAUCCACUUGGCCUACUAUAUGGAGGAAUAGAAUGGCUCAAGUUAUUAAAGAAGUAUAAAGGAUUUCUCAAGUCUGAAAAGGGUGGGAACUCCAUCAUGAUUUCAUUUUCAACUCUACAGCAUCCUCUUCCUUGAAAUUUUUGUUUUUUUACUGUAGUCUCAGGCAGUUACUCUUAAGCAUGAACAUUGAAGACAAAUUGGAAGGAUUAUUUCUUAAAUGUGGCGGCAUAGACGAAAUGCAGUCUUCCAGGGCAAUGGUUGUAAUGGGUGGAGUAUCUGACCAAUCUUCAGUGUCUGGAGAACUCCAGGACGCAGUGCUUCAAGAUCGGAGUUUGCCACAUCAAGAUAUCCUUGCAGCAGAUGAAGUGUUACAAGAAAGUGAAAUGCGACCACAGGAGAUGAUUUCACAUGAUGAACUCAUGGUCCAUGAGGAGACAGUGAAAAAUGAUGAUGAGAUGGAGACACAAGACAGGCUUCCUCAAGGGCUGCAGUAUGCAGUUAAUGUCCCUAUAAGUGUAAAACAGGAAAUUACUUUUACUGAUGUAGCUGAACAACAAAAGAGAGACAAAAAGCAGAUUCGAGAGCCAGUAGACUUGCAGAAAAAGAAGAAACGGAAACAGCGUUCUCCUGCAAAGAUCCUUACAAUAAAUGAGGAUGGAUCACUUGGUUUGAAAACCCCUAAAUCUCAUGUUUGUGAGCACUGCAAUGCUGCCUUUAGAACGAACUAUCAUUUACAGAGACAUGUCUUCAUUCAUACAGGUGAAAAACCAUUUCAGUGUAGUCAAUGUGACAUGCGUUUCAUACAGAAGUACCUUCUACAGAGACAUGAGAAGAUUCAUACUGGUGAAAAACCAUUUCGCUGUGAUGAAUGUGGUAUGAGAUUCAUACAGAAAUAUCAUAUGGAAAGGCAUAAGAGAACACAUAGUGGAGAAAAACCAUACCAGUGUGAAUACUGUUUACAGUAUUUUUCCCGGACAGAUCGUGUAUUAAAACAUAAACGUAUGUGCCAUGAAAACCGUGAUAAGAAACCAAACAGAAAUGCCACCAAGGGUGGCCUUUUGACAUCUGAGGAUGAUUCUGGCUUUUCUACCCCUCCAAAAGACAGCUCACUGCCAAAAAAGAAAAGGCAGAAAACAGAGAAAAAGUCUUCUGGGAUGGACAAGGACAGUAUGAUGGACAAGUGUGACCAGAAAAAAGAUAAGAAUGAUUAUUUGCCUCUUUAUUCUUCAAGCACUAAAGUAAAAGAUGAAUAUAUGGUGGCAGAAUAUGCUGUUGAGAUGCCCCAUUCUUCAGUUGGAGGGUCACAUUUAGAUGAUCCUGCUUCAGGAGAAAUACAUCCACCUAAGUUGGUUCUCAAAAAAGUUAACAGUAAAAGAAGUCUAAAGCAGCCACUAGAGCAAAGUCAAACAAUUUCACCUUUAUCCACAUAUGAAGAUAGCAAAGUUUCAAAGUAUGCCUUUGACCUCGUGGAUAAACAAGCCUUACUAGACUCAGAUGGCAAUCCUGACAUUGACCAGGUUGAUUCCUUACAAGAAGGGCCCAGCAAACCUGUCCAUAGUAGCACUAAUUAUGAUGAUGCAAUGCAGUUUUUGAAGAAGAAGAGAUACCUGCAAGCAACUAGUAAUAACAGUAGAGAGUAUGCACUGAAUGUGGGUACUAUAGCCUCUCAACCUUCGGUAACGCAAGCAGCUGUGGCUAGUGUCAUUGAUGAAAGCACCACAGCAUCCAUAUUGGAUUCACAGGCACUAAAUGUGGAGAUUAAGAGUAAUCAUGACAAAAAUGUUAUUCCAGAUGAGGUACUGCAGACUUUGUUAGACCAUUAUUCACACAAGGCUAAUGGACAGCAUGAGAUAUCAUUCAAUGUGGCGGACACUGAGGUGACAUCUAGCAUAUCGAUUAAUUCUUCUGAAGUUCCUGAGGUCACUCAGCCAGAGAGUGUUGGAACAAGCUCCCAAGCAUCCUCAUCAGAUAAAGCCAGUAUGUUGCAGGAAUAUUCUAAAUUUCUGCAGCAGGCUUUGGACAGAACUAGCCAAAACGAUGCCUAUUUGAACAACCCGAGCCUUAACUUUGUGACUGAUAACCAGACCCUUGCAAGUCAGCCAGCAUUUUCUUCCAUAGACAAGCAAGUCUACGCAGCCAUGCCCAUCAAUAGCUUUCGAUCAGGAAUGAAUUCUCCACUAAGAACAACUCCAGACAAGUCUCACUUUGGACUAAUAGUUGGUGAUUCCCAGCAUUCAUUUCCCUUUUCAGGUGAUGAGGCAAACCAUGCUUCUGCUACAUCAACACAGGACUUUUUGGAUCAAGUGACUUCUCAGAAGAAGGCUGAAGCACAGCCUGUCCACCAAGCUUACCAAAUGAGCUCCUUUGAACAGCCCUUCCGACCUCAAUACCAUGGAACAAGAGCUGGAAUGGCUUCUCAAUUUAGCACUGCCAAUGGACAAGUGAACCUGCGGGGACCAGGGACAAGUGCUGAAUUCCCAGAAUUUCCUUUGGUGAAUGUAAAUGAUAAUAGAGCUGGGAUGACAUCUUCACCUGAUGCCACAACGGGCCAGACUUUUGGCUAAUUAAAAAAAUGUAAAUAAUUUUGGCACUUUAGAACAGAUUAAUCAAGAGUGGGUUUGCUCUGUAAAAGAUGGAGUGCUGUACAGACUUUAAGAGCAAUGUGUUAUAACAAAAGUAAGCUGAUAUGAAUAGCAAGAUAAUCCAAUAACUGAAUUUUUUUUCUUUUUGGUUAGUCAUCAUUCAUUGAACUGCCUUACAUGUUGCCACCUUUAUAGAAGCAAUGUAUUACUUAUUUUAGACCAGAAACUUGCUAUUCUACCUACACCAAGUUUAAAAAGAAAACAAAAACAACAGCAACAAAAAAAUAAGACUUUCGCACAAUUGUUUCCUGAUAUCAUUGUACAUUCUUGGGAAAUUAGUAAUUGUGUGAAAUUUACGCAUACUGUUUAUAAUUUUUCAGCAUAGACAUUGCACUUCAGCAGGGAAUCUUAAUAUACUUUGCAGACAGAGUGAACUUAAAAGUUUAAAUGUCAAGAGAUUAUGGCUUAAAAUUAAUGUAUUCUAUAGGAAAAAAAAUCUUCCAUCUUUUAAAAAAAGAACAAUAUGCCAUAUACCCUUGAUUUUCAUUUUGCAUUAUAUUGAGCUGUGUUUUCUGAGGGGGAAAAUAGUAAUAAAAAUCUGAUAGUCUAAGACUCCACUAUUUAAAAGCCUAAUUACUUAAAAAUAUGCAUACUUUCAACACAUUUACCAAAAUACACAACUGCUGAAGCAUUUACUUCCAGACUGAAGUAUGCAUAUUGGUGUCAGUUUCUUUGUACAGUUGUACCUAGAUAUUUUUUAUGAUUUUUUUUUUCAUGUGCAGGUAUCAAGGUUUUGAGGUUUUAGUCAAAGUAUUCUGUAGUUACAUUCCCAAGAACAUAAUGCUUUCACAGACUGUAUAUUCCAAGUUUUGAAGCUUAAUUGUAUUUUACUUUACAUAUACACUUUCACUUAACAUAGAGCACUUAGAUUCUAUUUGAUAUUUUUGAUUUCUCUCAAAGUAAAAAUUUUAGAUUUUUAGGUUUGAUAUGGUUGUGUCUUAAUCAUCUCAUAAAUGACAGUUUUAAUUUUUGGCAAUAAAAGGAAAUUGGGAUGUCUUCGGAUUUGUAAAAACUGGUUUAAUUUUUCCCUUUCUAGACUCUUGAUAGAUCAGAUAAUUAAACAGUAUACAGAGAAACUAAA